AUGACGGGAAGAUUGGCUGAGUUGUCUUAUAUUCGUGCGAGAGAAGAUCUCCUACAGAGCUUUGAUUUCACUAAAAAGCAUAAAAGUCCAUUUGAAAAUGCGUCAUAUCCGACGAAAGGAGAUAUGCGUGUUAUCUUACAACGACACAAGGAAGGGAAAACGACAGACGAGGAAAAAAUAAAUAAGAGAAGAAAUGUCAUUCGGAAUACUUGGACUAACAACACCUUCAUCAACGGGUACACAGUUAAGAGAAUAUUUAUCUUUGGUCAAGGUAACGAUAGCAACGAUGUUAAUGCAGCAUUGAAAUCCGAAGCUGCCUUAUUCGGAGAUAUAUUACAAAUGAAUUUAGUGGACAGCCACCGUAAUAGCACGUGGAAAUCACGUGGUGGAUUGAAAUGGGCUUCAGAAAACUGUUUUGGUGCGAAAUACGUGAUGUUAGUGGAUGAUGAUUAUUAUGUGGCGACUGAUUUGGUGAUUCAGCUUCUGGAGUUUACUGGUAAACUAGACAACUUGUAUAUGGGCGUGGUUAACUGGCGACCUUCACCCUUCAGGUCAAAGAUACGGAAACUUUCAAAUCUUAAAAAGAAACCAUGA